UUUUGUUGAUAUUGCCGAUUGAAGGGCGUCCUGAUAGUGAUACGGAUAGAAACAUUCUAGUUUUAUUCACUCAUUUAAAAUUUAAUGCAGGGUAAAUUCGAGUGUUUCAAGCAAAGAGGCUAAACGGUUUAUUAAUUUAACUGACAAAGCACAGGACGGACGGAGUUAAAAAAAAAAAAAUAAAAUGGAUCAGUGUUUGACAAAGGUGAUGAGAAGUAUUGGUGAGGCUUUGAAAUUAGAUGACAACAAUAAUUAUCAUGAUGCCUAUUUACAAUAUGUAGAAUGUGUAUUGAAUAUUGCUAGUAAUCUCCUGCAGUAUGUCAGAGCAGAUGGAGGUAAGAUUAUUAUCAGUAAAUCUGUAGAGAAGCAGAUUGAAUUGGGUAAACAAUGUAUGGAAAGAUUGUCAUCACUUCGAGAAGAAUUUACAGCAUUUGAACAGACAAAAACAACACAAUCACCUCAUGUCAAACAGAUUGGAAGAUUUGCUGCUCCAGUGCCACCAUUACCUUCAAAUAAUACAGAUGCUGCUUACAGUUUGAAGAGAACAUUAACACCAACAGAAAUUGCUUUUCGUCAAAAUCAGUCCAUAAUGAGAGCUUAUAAGGCUAGAAUGGCAAAAAUGAGUAGUGGCAAUCCACAGGCAGCAAGUUUGAGUUUAACAAUUCAAAGAAAGUUAGCUGAAAAUCUAGCUAUAGCUAAUGCUCAAGAACAGGCUUUAUCAGAGAAAAUGAGAGAUACUCAAAGGAGACUAGAUGAUCAAGCGGCUAGGAGGUUUGCCUCACCUGUAGGUAUGUCUGAAGAUGAACAAGAACAGAGACAUAUAUAUAAGAAAAUAUUACAAUACGAGCAGCAAGCUAAAUGGUUAUUGGAAUGGAGAAAGAAACUGUCCAAUUCACCAAAAGAUCCUGUUAUUAUUAGUCAACUUAUUACAGAAAUACUCCGAUGUGAAGACCAUCCUCUGACAGUGUUGUUAAAGAAAUAUCAGUAUAAGAUAUAUGAAAGAUUGUACCCUUUAGUUUCCACCAAGAUGGCAGAUAUCAAUGAGAUAUCUGUUCCACUACCACUUAAAUAUUAUCCAUCAAAUGUAACACCUACAGAGAUGUCACCAGAAAAAGUUGAUAAUGAAAAGAGUGUAGAAUGUGUUGACGGUGCAAAAAAUGUUAACAUUGGGAAUAAUAAUAUUCAAACAGACAAUAAAGAUGACUGUGAUAUUGGUAGAUCCAAAAAUGUAGACAUUGGCAAAAAUAAUAUUGAGACAGAAAAUAAAGAUGACUGUGAUAAUGGUAGUUCAGGAAAUGUAGACAUUGGGAAUAAUAGUAUUGAUAAAGAUAAUAAAGAUGACUGUGAUAUUGUGUCGGACACUGAAAAUGUGAUGACAAAUUUAGAAAUUGCUGUUGAUAAAAAUGAACAAUUGUGUCAAAAUUUAGAAGAAGAAAACCAAAAAGUGUCACUGACUUAUCGUUCCUUAUCAAAAGAAUAUGAACAGUACAACGAUGAAGAUAUGGAUGAUUUGUUUGACGAUGAUAAUGAUGAUGCUGGAAGACCUGAAUGUGAUAAGGCAGACUAUUUACCGAAGCCAAGUAAUCAGGACUCAUAUGUUGUUUUAUCGGUGAAAGAUGUUAAUCAACAAUCUAAUUCUAAAGACAAGUUUUUCAAUUUUAGAAGGCAGAGUUUAGAAUGUGAGAAGUUAAAAGAUGAAGCAUAUUGUAGACAUUUAAAGAGUAUGUCACAAGAUGUUCAUAACGCGUUAGAGAAAUUGAUAGUUAUGUUUGCUAUAACGUAUGAAGAAUUAGAUAGUGCGGAGGGACAAGACCAGUGUUACGCAUCUCUUGAAGAACCAUUCUUUAAACCAAUAUGGAAAUAUCUACUGACUCUAUUCAGAUUAUCGAAUAAAAAUCAAGAGAUAACCCUGGCUUACAAUAUGACAAAACAUACUCUGUCUACACCUGAGGAUUAUGGUGUAUCUAAAAAACUUUGUUUAACAUCUGAUAUGAAAGGUUUAUUACCAUUUCAAAGUGCUAUUGAUGAACUUUGUAAAUUAAAGAACCACUAUACAAUGCUCAGUAAACUUGAAUGUGUUGUUAAUGUAUGUCGACUGGUUUGUGAUUGUGUAGAAAACUUUUAUGUUACUAAACAAAUAGAAGCGGGAGAAAUAUCGAGUACACCAAGUGUUGGAGCUGAUGAUCUUCUACCUAUUUUAACUUAUAUUGUUAUAAAGAGUGGUAUACCCCAACUAGUUUCUGAAUGUCAAGCCAUGGCUGAAUUUAUACAUGAAGGAUAUAUUAUGGGCGAGGAAGGAUAUUGUUUAACUUCACUUCAAACUGCAAUUACAUAUGUCUGCUCUACUGACAAAAGUUGAAAGAUCCACCUCUUAUUAGUUACACUGGCACUUCUGCUAACAGUUGAAACAUCCACCCCUCGUUACUUGAGCAUGCUCUACAUCCAACAAUUGAUGAUCAAUAUCUCCUGUCAAAAGGCCCAGGUUUACACACAGUUUAUAUAAAUUUCUAACAUUACUGUGAUUUAGAAAUCAGAAAUAAAUGUUAGACAUUUGUCACAAGAUUGUUUUCAAAUGAUCUAGCUAGUGAUCUUUGAAUCCAAAUGCCUGUUUUGUUAAACCUUGAUUGUGGUGAUGGAUCUCCUGAUCCUGCUGUUAAAAGGAAUGCCAAUCUAAGCUGCCAACAGUGCUAAUCCAAUUUAAACUAUCCAGUUUCUUUUAUAACCAUUUUAGUACAAAAUGUCCAACAAUCCUAUGAGAUAAGUAUUGGAAAACCAGUGGUUAAACUUAGGUAGUUAAAAUCUUGGAAACAAAAUUUAUUUUUAAACAGGUUCAAUACAGUGGCUUAUUUUUGUUAUAUAUAUAUAUAUAUAUAAAAUCUUUCAAGAGAGUAUGUCUACUAUGCUUCAGUUGAAAGAUCCACUCCGUAUUUGUUGUUGAGAUUUGAAUACAAAACUACAUCCUUUAAUAAACUGUGUAGCUAAAAUUUAUAGAGCAAUAAAGUGUAUACACGUAAUAUAAUAUAUUAUAUUUAGUCGGUAUCUGAUAUGGGUAUAUUUGAUAGUGCGUAAGGCUCUAUUCUUUGAAAUUUUAAAUGGGCCUAAAUGCAGAUAUUAAUAAUUAAUGUAUGUAAAGUUAUUUAUAUUCAAUAUAUUUUAAAAGAAAUAUUGCAAUUUCUAAUGAAUUAUAUUCGGGGAAAUACAUGAACAGUCCAAAUUGAACGGCAGUCGUUUACGUCUGCUAUGUCCCCUCUACACAUCUUUUAUUAUUAUUGUCUUUUAUGAAUAACCCCAAGAAAGGUAUCAAUAAAACGCAUAUCUUCACGUUAUGUCAUUUAUUGCUAUUUGUAUUGUUGAAGCUUGUAUCAAAUACAGGUAUAUUUUAUAAAAACUGUUCUUGUAUAAGAUAUUAAAUGUUUUUGUUUAAUAAUUAUUGUUAAAUUUUAUGGAUAUUUAUAUUGCUUAAUAAAAUCAUA